CAAGGUCCUUCAAAGAACUCACUCUUUGCAACUGAGUUCAGAGAAAAGACAUGAUGCUCUAAAGCGGAUGCACAGCUUGUGGGCAACUACGUCUCAAGAUCCUGAACUCAUACCAAAUGGUAAAGCUGUAUCUUGCCGGAGGCCUGCACCAGUUGCAGAGUCUGCGAAAGAAGUUAGUCCGCCUUCCCCAGUAAUUGGUGCCAUGGCGUGGUCAACAGACACCAAUAACAAUGACCGCGGCCAAGGUCGAGGACCACUAACCAGGGAACCUUCUACUGAUAGAUCUUCCGAUACUGAAUCUUGCGAUGAUUCGGACCCUUCAGAUACUCCUGAUGGUGGAAGCGACAGAGUGAGGCUUCUGAGGAAAAUGAACUCAGAAGGAAUGACUCCGCAAGAUAUGACACCAUUGAAAGACCGGGCCAGCUCGCUUUCUGGAGCAAGUGUGUCGAGUGAUUCCGCUGUUGGAACGAGUGAUGGUUCAGCUUGCGCCAGACUGCAAGAGUUGGAGACAGAGCUCAUGUGCACAAAAUGUGACUUAGCGAAGGCUCUUAAUCGGGAAUCUGCUUACAAGAGCAUUAUUGAAGAAAAAAUCCUUCUCGUUAAUGAAUUGGAAGAGAGGCUCAGAUCGGCAGAAGAUCCCGAUGGCGACGCCAUCUGGAAGUCUCCAGUGCACAAAGGUAGCGGCAGCAGUCUCCAAGAAAAAAGCAGAAUUUUGCAGAAUCAUAACAGAUUUUUAAACGAAGAAGUAUUAAAACUGUCAAAAAUGCUACAACAGGAAAAGAAGAACACAGAUCAUAAGCACCAACAGAUGCGACUGCUUGAGGCGGAAGUGGAUCAACUAAAAAGGGACUACGUCUUUCUAAUGCAGUCAUCCCUACGCAUAAAUAAUUCCGAUGGACCAGAAAUCAUGGAAGUGUAUCAUUAUGGAGGAAACAGGCACAGGGAAAGAGUUUUAUCUUUACUAGAAGAAGCCAGAAAAAUCAAUCCUACAUUACCCAUUUACGAUAAUCUUGCGCGAGGACUUGUGCAUGUAGAUGCUUUAGGAUUUCGCCGCAGCUAUGGAGAAGAGAGCCUCAUAUUACAUUACAUUUGCCGGCAACUUCAUCAACAUUAUUCAGCAUUAGGGCCACAUUAUGAACAACAUCAACAACAGUGGAAGAAAUAUCUGCGUCAUCAUCCUGCAUUACCCACGACGAAAGAAUUGAAGCAUUUGGUGCGGAAAGGCAUACCAGCUCACCUACGCAGCCGGGUAUGGGCCGUACUGUACAGAUCUAGAGUCAAUGACAUCAUGGAAAACAAAGGACCGCAUUACUAUAACUAUCUCUGCAGUUUAGCUCCAGAUGAUGAGAGAGUAUCUCAACAUAAACGACAAAUCGCCUUGGAUUUGUUACGAACGAUGCCUGACAACAUUCGGUUUGCAGAUUCAAAUGCUGAUGGCGUAAGAAAAAUGCAAGAAGUUCUGCAAGCUUUCUGUGUACAUAAUCCAUCGUUAGGUUACUGUCAAGGCAUGAAUUUCCUUGUUGGUAUGUGUCUGCUCUUUCUCGAACCUGAAGAUGCAUUCUGGUGUUUGGUUGCUGUUACAGAACGUUACUUUACACCUAACUACUUUGACCAAAAUUUGAUUGGAGCUCAGUCAGACCAAGAAGUACUAAAAGAUCUACUUCGAGAGAAAAUGCCAUUGCUGUGGCAGCAUAUCUCUCAAUUAGAUAUCGAGCUUUGUACAGUUACUCUAAAUUGGUUCCUUGCAAUUUUCUUUGACUGUGUUCCUUUUGAGACCCUGCUGCGUAUCUGGGAUUGCUUUUUGCUGGAAGGACCUAAAGUUCUGUUUCGAUUUUCCUUGGCAAUUUUAAAAAUGAAUGAACGGGCUCUGCUUGCCAAACAUGACACAGUAUCCAUCAUGAGGCAACUAAAAGCUGCUGCUAAACUGUGUUUCGAUGUCGAUCAUUUAUUUCAAACUUCAUUUGAAGUUCUCAAGCCUUUUACCAGACGGCAAGAUAUUGCAGCAAAACAGGCCUGCUACUAUAAAACUUUAAAAGAACAUGCCAAAAAAAUGGACAUGGAGAAGAUAGCUCUGAAAGAUAGAGAGAGAAUGUUAUCAGAAAUAGAAAACCCAAGCAUCAAUCAACUAGUCAUUGAAUGUGCUGCUGUAUACGACAAAGAUAAACUUUGGUUAUGCCACGGCCAUCAAAACAGAGCGCACAUCACCAAAGUGAACUGCGAAGAAAACAUUAUGUACAGGCUUAAUAUUGAAUUGGAGUCUAGAGUCAUGUGUAUGCAUUCUUUAGAUGACGACACCAUGCUCUUAGGAACAUUAUCUCACUUUGUACAUUCAUAUUCCACAAAAUCUAGACGUCUUUUAUGGGAAAUUAGACUAAAUGACUCUGUGUUGACACUAGCAUCUCAUGAAGAGGAUGACGUAAUGCAAGUGUACGCUGGGUUAGCUGAUGGAACUGUUGCAGUUAUUGAGAAUAUAGAAGGCCAGGCACCAAAACCAGAAAUAUUUUACAUUAUGAUUGGAUCAAGUCCAGUAACCUGUUUGCGACUGGUUGAGAGAAAGCUCUGGUGUGGAACAGGAAACCGUAUUGUCAUUCUAAAUGCAAGGACGCUGGAUGCUAUUGACCAGUUCCAAACAUCAUCCAGCUGUUUGGAUUACAUUUCCAUGCUAGUUUCGGAUGACAGAGGCGUCUGGUUAGCCAUCAGGGGAUCUUCCAUACUCCAACUGUGGGAUUCGCACAACCUAACCUGUAGAUUACUAUUUGAUGUGAAAGACAAUAGAUAUCCCCGCUCGCCAAAAAUUGGAGAAGACGAAAUGGGAGGUUCUCGCAUAACAGCAUUGCUUCCAUUUUCUGGUAGUGUCUUGGUCGGAACAGCAGAAGGUUCUUUAAUUAUUUACGAUGUGGUUACAAAAUUGUCUCGCAGUCCCAGUUCUGCCGAGUUUUCUUCAUCCGCACCAAGACGAACGGCUCCUGUUGAUCAUAUUCAGCAAAAAAUACAAGAACUUCUUAUGGAAAAGAAAAGGGAUGAAAAAUCAGUCCCGGAAGUUCGUAAUCGACUCGAUAGUGGAUGCUACUCAACUCCUUGCAGAACACCACUGCUUGCUCAAAGUCGGCGAGGAAGUGUUCACGUUUGUGAAAAUGGUGCAUCAGCAGCACCCUUAGCUCCACCGGAAGAAGAGCAAGGUAGUAGUUCUCCAGAAGAUCGUAGUGAAGCAACGAGUCAUUCUACAGUAAAACGCGCUGGAGAUACCCAAAGAUCUUCCCUUACAUCUCCAGAGUUACCAUUCUACGAAGAAAAUCCUGAAGAUUCCUUGAAGAAAGUAGAUACUGAUCGCGAUGAUUCUGGGCAAUCGUCUUCAUCAGCACAAGGAAAGAUCACAGGAUCAAGUACGAAAAAGAUAUGCACGUGCCAUCACCUAAGUUCAAAUUCUGUUAAGUGUCGACAUUGCUUGCUAGAAGCAAGUGAAGCGUUAAGGAAACUUUUUGAUAAGUAUAGUUUAAGUAUUAACUCUACGAACCACGUAGACUAUACUGCCCGAUAUCAAAGUCUUUUGAACAAUAGCAGGAAUAAGACGUUUCACACGGACAACAGCUCAAAUAAAGAUGCUGACGAAGUGUCUAUAAAUAGCAGCACAAGUAACUCAAAACCAGCUGAAGAUUGUGCUUGGUCGGACAGUUCCAUUGAAUUGCCAAAUAACAUCACUGAAGCUGUACCUGACGAAGAAAUUUUGCCAAGAAAGCCUCAUUUAUCAACAGGAUCUCAGCACACCGAGUUGGAAAAUCCUUCAGGACCAAAAAAUAAUGCACUUUUGCGAGCCAUCAGCGCAGACGACGUAACUCAGUGGGUUAAAUCUCAAGAGUCGUCAUUAGCCAGCGAUAGUUACGACUUCGACGAUGUUUUUGUCACUUACACUGAAGAUGAAAAGCCAAAAAUGAACAGAGAAACAGAUUCUAUUUUAGAGUCAAUUCGGUCUAGAGCUUUGAGUAGACGCCGCUCUUCCAAUCUCCUUGACUAUUCCGGAACGAACUCUGCUCUUUCUCAAAGAACUGAUCAAUGGUUAAAUGAUCUGAAAGCACCAUGGAUAGAUUCUGCAUCAUCAUCUUCAGGUUAUCGGUACCAACGUCUGACAGAUGUGCGAUCUCAACUGCCAGCGUGGGGUCACAUAGUUUCAGAAAGUGAAACCAAUGAUGAUAAGGCACGUUUUAACUCUCUCAGCUACGAAGAAUCUGUCACAGAUUCAUCUGUAAGUGGCACUCAUAGGGACCUUCUACAGCUCGGAGAUUGGAGUACUCACAAAAGCAGUGAAACUGCCAGUAAUGUCUCUUUCAGCUCUACAGAAGUGCCAUAUGCUUUUGAACUUAAUCUUCAAGAACGAAUUAAAAUAUCUGACAAGCCAAUAAAAUGCUUGUUGGAAACAAGAUGCGCUGGCGAACCUACGAUUAUUAGUUGUGCUGGAUGCUAUGGAGAUGAUGAAGCAGUGUUAAAAUGGACCAAAGUAGGAAAUGAAGAGCUGUGGACAAACGAUCCUAUCAUUGAGGUAUGCCCUUAUACAAAUGCUAUAAAACCUUCUCCGUUUGUGAGGUCAAGGCUUCCAAGAAGAACUUCAUCUUUGGCUUCUGUCAACACAGAAUCAGAAUCAACAGCUCGAGCCUCUCUCACAUCCACAUCGUCAAGUACAAGUAGUGUUGUGGGAAGUGGACUAGCAAAGGUUCAUAAUAUAUUUCUCAGGGUUCACGAUAAAGCAUGAGAACAACAUCAAUUUCUACGUGGUAACAAAUUUUUACAUUUCUCAAAUAGUUACUUCGGAAGAGUAACUGAAGGAGGUCCAUUAUGAAUCCGGCCCUGCUAUCGUUUUUGAUGUCUUCAAUGGAAAAAAUACUCAAUUUCUAAAAGACCUCAUGCAUGUUUUAUUUCCCUCCACUUUACAUUCUGAAUGUAACGAACAUGACUUAAGGACUGCAUGUGGAAAUAAGGGUAGAACCAAUGUAUCUAUUGGCCUUCCACAAACCCAAGGGAGUAAUAUUUUUAAGAAACAUAUCAUGGGAAUAUUCUGUUUAAAAAAUACUAAGAUUUAAACUUUACAUAUGCUUUUAUUUUAAAAAAAAUGCAAUCCUUUUGCACCUAAUCGAGCUUUUCGACAUAAAAUGAUGAAAUAUAAAUGUGUCAUAAAUUUCUAAAAUGUUGUAAAUGUGCUUGUAUGUGAAAAAAAUUUCCAAGAUAAAUCAAAACUUUGUAUAUCCUUAUAAAAUUUUGUGUGACGUUCUAAAAGUAAAAAUCAAAAGCUCGCCACCUGUAGGCGAAUGUGUAUAAUAUGGUAGAAGUACUAUAUUACUUGUACUAUACAAGUAAUAUAGUACCUAAUGGCAAGAACACUUCAAAUCAGUCAGUAACAUUUUUUUUUUUUUUUUGGUAGCAUGAUCCAAAUUCUAUUGCAUUUUAAAAAAUAUCAUAAACUGCUAAGUCUAACUCUUUGAUGUCUUUUUUUUUAAUUACUAUUAAAGAGUAAUCCUGUAACUUUCACAGUUUAAAAUUUAAGUCUCAAACUUUUUUCUCAUUUGUUAAUGUUAUUUUAUAAAUCUAAGCCCUUUCAAUCUAAGGUACAUAUUAAUCGAUGAAGUAAGCCCUAAUCUUCUGAUUUUUUAUUCCUGAUAACGAAAUUCGACUAAUGUCAUGCAAUUGUACUAGUCAAAUACCUCUUCUAUUUUUAUUUACUGCUCUAUUUAUUAUAUUGAAUUCAUUUAAAUUACAUUUCUUCGCAAAAUAUCGAGACCAUAUUUGAUGUAUUAGAAAAAAAUUAAAGUGAGUGCAGGUAAUAGAAUUAGGAGUGAAGUAAUGGAAGAAAAAAACUUGUUUUUAAAACAUUUAGAAUCAAGAUAAAUGGAGAAAACAAACAAUUAAGAGGUACUAAAUAAAAAUUGAAAAUAUUGUAAUGGCUGAUAAAGCGAUUGUAUUAAAAAGAACAUUGAGAAAAUCUGUGAUAUUUUUCAAAAUUUCUGGAUCGAGUAUGUUUCAAAACAAAAAUAAGAACUAGAAAUUACGUGUAAAAUUAUGGGCAAAAAAUGAUCGAAUAAAGUAUAUUCUAAAGACCUCCCUUGCAUUUCAAUACAUUAAAACCACUUGUCAAAAUUUAUAUAGUCUUUGAGGCAUUGCAUAAUUGCUGAAAUUUAUCUUAAAAUUAUUUUAAAAUCAUAAUCGAUACUAAAAGUAUACUAAAAUAUUUUUCAAAACGCCUUUGUCGUUUUAUAAAACUAACAAGUGCUAGUUGCGUACAUUUUAAUAUGGUAUUAUUCAUCUGGAAAAAUGUUUGCAGUAAAAACUGGAAUAAUAACUAUGAUGAAAUCAAAUAAGUAUCCCGAUCUGUCAGCAGCAUUGAAAAACUGUUUAUGGGUAUACAAAUGUAAAGCGAAUUAAACAUACAGUUCAUUAGGCGAAUAACUAUUUUUCUAGGAAAAUGAACUUAUCAUUGUGAAAACACACAUUAACACUAAUAAAUAGAAAAGAUUUCAUUAAGAAUUUUAAAAUGUUUACGAGAAAAAAAAUGAAAUGAGUAAUAGAACAAAAAACUUUAGCAUUUUUCUAGCAUUACAUAAUCACUAAAUUUUUAAAUACACUAAAUUUCACUUUUUAAUUACAGUGAUUUAUUUCUGUAGUAAUAAUGCCAUUUGUUAUUAAUAAUGAAGUCAUUUAACCCGUUUCUAAAAAAUCAUUAAUUGAUCAAAUGCAAUUCGAAAAAACAAUAGCAAUAUUCUUAAUCAAAGGAACAAAACAUGUUUUAUGCAAAACCUAAUCCCGUUGAAGUAAUGGAAGCAUGGUACUGUUAUAGAAAAUAACGUAUAUGGGGGAAAAAAUUAUCUAUAGAAUCAAAUAAAUAUGUCACUUCCUUGGAUAAUUGUACAAGGCAGAUUGAAAUUUGAUCUUAUCAAAUGCAAGGCUAAACUUGGAUAAGUCUUAGAAAUUUAUUUUUGAACAAUGAUGUCUAAGGAUUGUAAAUAGUUUGCCUUUCUACCAGCAAAUGACUGAAAAUCCUAAUACAGUGAAACACAAAUUUCUUAUGAAAAGGGUAUUGGUUUGAAAUGAAAGUGCCACAAAUUUGAAAUGAAAAUAAUCCAAAUUCGAAAUAAAAAAGACACAAAAUGAAAAUUGCUGUAUUGUGCCUUACUUAGUUCAUUUUCUUUCUUAAAAUUCUUCCACCUAGGAAAAUUCAAAUGUAUGUUUUAUUGUGGAGAUUAGAAGUACUCUUUAAAUAAUGCAUCCAAAUUUCACAAGUUCUUCUCAUUUCAUACAUUUAUCUUCCUAAUUAAAGACUUUAAUGGUUUUAUGGUUUUAUGACGUCUAGUAUUCUAAUCUACAAUUUUGUGCAAAUAUUUAUGAAUAGACUGCAUAAAACAAAAGGUAGAGUAAAAUUAAGAAAACAAAAAUUUUACAUUUCUUCUAACAUGAAAAGCUUUUUGACAAAUAUAACUACUUAUGGUAAUGUCUUUGAAUUUCGCUCUUCCUUAAAUUGCCCAUAAAUACCUUACAUAUACUAGAAAGCAAAUGUUAAAAAAACAUCCUGGCAAUUGUAUUCAAACGUCUUAAAUACAUGUGUCUAUUUGAUGUUUAAAAUUUGUAAAGUCUUCUUAAAUGUGUGUCAAGUAUGUGUACAUGUAAAUAUGCAUAAAUGUCUAUUUUCUGAUAUACCUUACGAUUUAUUCUCUGUCGGCCAUUAACGCACGGAGAGUAUCUUUAUACUUCAAUUUCUUUUGAAGCAUUUUAAGAAUGCCCAUAAUAUUUAGUAGAAGUGUCUCCAAAUUUGUCAUUUACUGUUUGAUAUACAUGCCAAGUUUCAUAAAUAUUUCAAUAUUUUUGCUAAUUUUAAAAUAUUGCAUCACAUCUAGUUUUUUUCUAAAAAAUUAUUUAGCAUAUUUUGGAUAAAUAAUUUCUUCCUUUUAUAUGAAUACAUGAUUAAUUUUUAUGGACUUUUUAUUUGAAUUUACACUUCAAACAUUUAAAGAAAUUUUUUUCUCUGAACUUAUAAAAUGUUUAAUUGAUUUCAAAAAGAAAAACAAAGAAAAGAAAAAAUGUAAUAGAAACAAGAUAAAAUGUGUAAGCAAUAAUAUGAAUCUAAUGGGGUCAAGAACAUCACUAACUAGUAGAUACCAAUGAAUUAUAAAAGUUUUGAA